AUCAGAUCAAACAAACACUUUUUCAGGCGGGGUUUCUAUUAUUUUCUUCCGGGGUGCCGCUGUCACCAAAAAAUGGCUUCACUUGACAGGGUAAAAGUAUUAGUUUUAGGAGAUUCCGGGGUGGGCAAGUCUUCCUUGGUCCAUCUGCUUUGUCAGAAUCAGGUGUUAGGAAACCCAUCAUGGACUGUUGGUUGCUCUGUGGAUGUACGGGUCCAAGACUAUAAGGAGGGAACCCCGGAGGAAAAAACCUACUACAUUGAACUCUGGGAUGUUGGAGGAUCUGUUGGCUGUGCCAGCAGUAUCAAAAGCACCAGAGCUGUCUUCUAUAAUUCAGUUAAUGGAAUUAUGUUGGUACACGAUUUAACAAAUAAGAAAUCGUCUCAGAAUCUCUACCGCUGGUCACUAGAAGCUUUAAACAAGGAUUCUUCUCCUACAGGAGUAAUUGUCUCAAACGGUGACUAUGAUAGAGAGCAGUUUGCUGAGAACUCGGUGCCUUUGCUGCUGAUUGGCACCAAGUUUGACCAGAUCCCAGAGAACAAACGAAAUGAAGUUCUCACACGGACGGCCUUCCUGUCGGAAGACUUCAAUGCAGAGGAGAUCAAUCUCGACUGCACCAACCCAAGAUACCUUGCAGCAGGCACAUCGAAUGCAGUGAAACUCAGCAGGUUCUUUGACAAGGUAAUCGAGAAAAGAUAUUUCACAAGAGAUCCAAGUCAGAUGACGGGUUUCACAGACAGAAAACGGUUCAACUUCAAAAGUUUGCACUAUGACUGACUGCUGCUGUGGCCGGAGUUUUCUGUGGUUUUUACGCCGCAAGUAAACCAUCACACUCACUAACUUGCUUUCUGUACCUGCCCUCUUCUUCUCAAAACUUUCUCAUCUGAUGUUAUGCAAAGUCUUAAACGUGUGCUGCAAAACAUAUGAUUAACAAUAACAGAGCAGAACAAUUAAUAGAAUAAUAAAGAUAAAUAUGUACAUAUUUGAGAACUUGCACAUGCAUUUUGAAAGAGGGAGUUUUAAGCAACUGACGAUGAUGUAAAAGGACAAAGGCACAUUAUAUCAAUGAACAGGGAGCUUUUGUGUUGAAUCUGCAACAUUUAUUAUUCCAUAUUUUAGUUUGUUACAUGUUUUUUUGCAUGCUAAACAUUUACAUAUACCAUCUUCAUGAAUUCAUUUUUCAAAAGUGUCAUGCAGCAUUCCCCAAUCCCUUCAUCACUGUCUUAAUCCAGGGGACAAAGAAAGGAACUUUAGUGAAGACAUGGGGAAACUUGGGAUUACUACAGUCACUUUUCAAGGUAAAAGCUGUGAGACCCUGAGGCUUGCUGUUGCAGAUCAGUGGUCCUCCGGAGUCACCCUAAGAAAAAGGCAACAGAAAGAUUUAAUUAGACUUUAACUAAAAAUUCUUGUUUUUGAUUAAUAAAAGAAAACAGUUUUCUCCA